AUGAAUUUUAUUUUCCAUGAUUUGAUUGGCAAAUACUUAGAAGUAUACAUAGAUGAUGUAGCCAUCAAGUCUGACAAUUUUGAUGAGCAUUUGCAGCAGACAUUUCAAAGAAUGAGAACUUACAAACUCAAGAUGAACCCUUUAAAAUGUGCAUUUGGGGUAUCUGCUAGAAAUUUUCUAGGCUUCCUAGCACACCAUAAAGGGAUAGAAGUGGAUGCCAACAAAGCCAAAGCAAUUUUGGAGGCAAAACCCCUAGCCAACAAGAAAGAGUUGCAAAAUUUUCUUGGAAAAGUAAAUUUUUUGAGAAGGUUCAUAGCCAAUUUAGCUAAGAAAACUUUAGCAUUUUCUCCUUUGGUAAAAAUUAAGUCAGAUUAUGAGUUUAAGUGGGAGACAUGCCAUCAAGAAGCUUUUGAUCUACUCAAAAAAUAUUUGGCAAACCCUCCAGUGCUUAUGCCCCCAAUGGCAAGAAAGCCUUUGAAGUUGUAUAUCUCAGCUUCUGACCUGUCGAUUGGUUGUUUGUUGGCUCAAGAAAAUACUAUGGGUCAUGAGCAAGCCAUUUACUACUUAAGUAGAAGGCUAAAUGAUGCUGAGACUAGGUAUAACUCUGUCGAAAAGAUGUGCUUGGCACUUUAUUUUGCAGCCAUUAAAUUGAGGCAUUACAUGUUGCCUGCAAAAGUGUAUGUAGUGGCACAAACAGAUGUGAUUAAAUUUAUGUUGUCCAAGCCUAUCUUGAGAGGAAGACAAGGCAAAUGGAUACUAGCUUUAAUCCAAUAUUGUUACAAAUAUGUACCACAAAAAGCGAUUAAAGGGCAGGCUUUGGCUGAUUUUCUAGCAGAACAUCCUUUUUCCUCUGUCGUUUUAGACUUGUAUGAGGUCAAUGUGGUGGAAAAUGAACCUUGGAAGUUAAUGUUUGAUGGUUCAAAAAUAGAUGAAGGAGUUGGUGCAGGUGUUGUGUUGAUUGCACCAAACAAGCAAAUGCACCAAUUUGCGUAUCAGUUGGAAGCACAACAUAUUCAGUCUUGCAAUCAAGCUAAGUAUGAAGCUUUGAUAAUUGGUCUAGAGUUGGCCAUAAAAUUCAAAAUUAGAAGCCUCCAAGUUUUUGGAGAUUCACAGUUGGUCAUUAAGCAAGUUUUGGGAGAGUUCAAGUGUGUAAGUGGUGUUCUAGGGGAGUAUCUAACUGAGGUCAAAUGGUUGAUCAGUUUCUUCGACCAUGUUACCUUUACACACAGGUAUAGAUUAGAAAAUAAAGAGGCCAAUGAGAUGGCUCAAGCAGCUUCUGGUUUAAAAAAACCUAAGGGAGCUCAGGAAAGGGUGAUUCAAAUUAAAAGAAGAAGCUUUUCUGCACUUAGAGAUAAAUGUAGAAAUUUUUUGCCCAUUCUCACUUUGGAUGUAAUAGAGGAGGAUUGGAGGUUCCCCUUAAUUAAAUACCUGUCGAAUCCUAGUGAAAAGAGUGAUAGACAAAUAAGAUAUCAAGCCCUAAAUUAUGUAAUCAUGGGAGAAGAUUUAUUCAGGAAAGCCCAUAAUGGGCUGACUUUGCUUUGUAUUGGCAAGUUAGACCAAAUGAAGGCCAUGGCUGAAGCACAUGAAGAAAUUUGUGGAGCCCAUCAAGCUGGUGACAAAAUGAGAUGGUUGAUUAACAUGUAUGGUUAUUUCUGGCCAUCUAUCAAAAAAGAUUGCAUAAUGUAUGCAAAAGGAUGUUAG